GUCAACUGCAGGGGAAAUUCAAAAAACCCGGAAGUGCGACGUGCUCAGUUGCUGCGGAGCUAGCGUUACUUUAACAACAAGCCAAACCAGCCAUUUCUAAUCAAACAAUCUGAUCAACAGAAGAAACUGAAGUCUGAUAACGAUGGAGAAAGAAGACACCGUAUCGAUCCUCUCAAGAAAAGAGCUGCGUAGGCAGAAGUUGGUGGAUUAUUUGGCAAGAAAAGGAAAGCUGAAACCGCCCAACCCUAAGCCAUACCUACGUGCUGACUGUCAGGUUACAUCUACACUACAGGUUGGUGUGCCUUUUAAACAGGUUGUUAUGGGAAAAGAGAACAAGGCUCCAGCUGACAGAUUCACAUAUGAACGCCCAAAAAUACAAACUCUGGCUGCUCAAUCCACAAAACACCCUGCUACCAGAGGAGCAUUUGUUGUCACACACAAAGUGAAUGUCAAAGCCAACAUCUUGACUGGACGGCAGAAUACCAAUCGUCCCUCUGCAACCAAUGGACCAGCACAGCCAAAACCUAAUCAGAACCUUGUGCUGACAAGAAGGUCUGCGGUUGUGUCCUCCAGAUCCAACCCGAAUGCAACAAAUCAUCUCAAAAAGCAGCCAAACACAGGAAUUCCAUCUUCUGGCAGAGCCUCUUCAAAUGCAGCUCUUAAAGCUGUAACAAAAUCAAACAGCAGAUUCAGCAGUAGCUCAAAUGCUACCUGGUCAUGUCCAAUGACGACAGGGAGUGUCAGGAUUAGUCUCGGCCCAAUGGUCAAAACAAAAACCGGACUAAUUCCUGCAGUGACCCAGCCAAGAAACAGUCAGAGUCAAAGAAUAACACACACCUCUGCCACAGCAGGGGAUCCCACCACCAUUGCCACUGCCAAUGUAACUAAAAAGGUGCAAUCCAGCAAUUUGUCAUCAGUUUCUGUUUCCCACAAGUCCGCCAUAACUCAGAGGAAACCAUUACCUACCACUUCUCUAAACAACCAAGAGAGAGCAAGAGCUGGGAUUAAAGUUCAAAAUCAGUCUAACUCUAGACCACUUUUCAGAAAAACUUCUCAGCCAUCUUCUAAGAUUCAGCUAUCAAGAGGACAGAAAUCAACGUCCACUUUCGCAAAGAGCACAGCAGCACCUUUAAAGCCACAGGGGAGGGCAGGGGCAGCUGGUCAGCCCACAGACAGGUUCCCAAAGCUAAGAUCUGAAGGUGGAGGGCAGACAAAAAGCCAACCAUGCAAAGUCUCUUCCCAAACAACCUCUGGGGUGGCGAACAGGAGCAGUACCAGAGCUGCUGUGGCCGAGCUGGGAGGGAAAACCAAGACAAGUGAACAGACAAAUGGCAGGAAGGGCAGUUCAGCAAAUGCCCCUCCACCACAAACGGGUAUAAAAAGAACAAGUAUUCCAGUGAUGUCCCAGACGGUGCCACGGCUCGGCAAGACCAUCAGUCAUACCGGUCAGGCCAAAGGCACGAAGACGCCAAAGGUCCCCGUCAGGGUCAUUCCACAGACUGAGGGAAAGAAAGUGACUGCUGCCCAGGAGGAAAGAAUGAAAAAACUACAGGAAUGGCAGGAGGCCAAGGGCAUUUCCUACAAGCGUCCCCCAAUGCCGGUCAAACCUCAGGUCAGGCGUACUGUGGCCUUACCCCAGCCUUUCUGGGGCACCAUGAAUGAGGAAGACGAGGCCCACUCCCUCAUCUGCGCCGUUGACAGAUCCCUGGCUGACUGCAUCAAAUUGCUUGGAGAGGGUUGCCCUCCAGCACAGGUGAAGGAGGUUCUCUCUCGGCUGCCAGCGGUGUCCAAGAAGUUCGCCAAAUACUGGAUCUGUCGGGCCCGUCUGAUGGAACAAGAGGGCCAACUAGACGUCCUGCCAAUGUUUGAAGAGGCGGUUGGUGUCGUGUUGGAGCCAGUGGACGAGCUGCGGGCCGUGGUGUUUGAGAUUCUGAAAAAAAGGGACGAGAUCCAAGCAUCCGCUGAAAAUGAGAGAGAGGAGGACCAAAUUACAACAUGUGAAAGCUCUCCCGAGAGUAUCGACAGCCCAAAGAUGACUCCCAAACCUGUCCGAGCUCUCAUCUGUGGAGAGAAAGGAGACUCAUCUGUAGUCAAGUACAAGAUCACGUCAACUCCUGGCGGCCCUCCAAGCCAACAAACGGAGCAGACGCGGGUCAACGGCCAGCAGGUUCGCUUCUUCACUCCGGUCAGACGCUCGGUGCGAAUCGAGAGAUCCUCCCUCCGAUACCCGGCCUCCCUCCAGGACCACGAUCGCUGCGUGGCCUCCUACAACGACCUGAUCUCCGAGGAGCAUGGCGAGAGUGGUGAAAAAAAGCAGAAGGGCGGGGAAACGAGCCCGCAGGCUUGCAACACCCCGAUGUACGUCUACAGACAGAACGAGGCCCUGAAGGACAAAGUAUUUGUCCAGCUGGUCUAUGACGAAGCCGUUUAGCCUCGAGCGAUUACUUCCUCUCCACCAGUCUGCGGUUGAGACAGAAUUCAGAUCAUCAGCAUGUGUUUUCACUAUUUGCAAGGCUGGCAGAAGUGAAACUUUUGGGCAAACUCUGGUCAGAUUUGACCCUUUCACUGAAAAGGUCUUUUAUCCUUGUAAAUAUAAGACCUGUCAAUUCAUUUAUAAAGAAAGGGAUCUCUCACACUCCCUUAUGAUGAAGUUAUUUGUUUUAUCAUUUUUGUCCCAUUAUUUGUUAAAAUAAUGUGUUGUACAUAGUAAUGUG